AUGUUCGGCUUCCUGUCUGUUGUCGUCGACUACUUCGCCCCGGCGUUCCUCAUCUUGUCCCCGAUCACCUCUUAUGCCGACCAGAUAGCCUCGAUCCAUCGCAGGAAGACGAGCGAUGGAUUCUCCCUCGACAUCCCCCUGAUCAUGCUUGUUGCAUCGAUUCUGAAAGUCUUCUACUGGUUUGGAGCAUACUAUGACAAAUCGCUCUUGGCCCAGGCCUCGUUGAUGAUUGUGGUCCAAAUCAUCCUCUUGAAGGUUGCUCUGGACAACAGAGCCCCGGAUGGAUCGCAGCACACGCCUUUCCACGGCUACACGGUGGAAAAUGGUCUGCGGGAUCUGUUAGAGGGUCGACGCCCUUACGGAUUCUGGCAAUGGAGCAGUUCAAAGCCGUAUUUUCAAUUUCUCGGAUACCUUGCAGGGACUCUUUUGGUCGUCCAUGUCCUACUCCCUUUCGUGUCCGGAUCCCCUGCAUACAUCGCGUUCCUGGGCUAUUUCGGACUGGCAGUGGAGGCCAUCCUUCCGGUGCCGCAGAUCGUCAAGAAUCACAAAGCAAGAUCAUGCAAAGGAUUUCGGCUUUCUGUCAUCGCGAACUGGCUCGCCGGAGACGUCAUGAAAAUGAGCUAUUUCUUUCUGAGCAGUCAGUAUGUUCCGUGGCCUUUUCGACUUUGCGGAAUGUUCCAGGCCUGCUGCGACAGCUACCUCGGAUUGCAGUUCUACAUGUACGGGGCCGGCCUAAGCGGAACAGACAUCCCAAUGACUUCUACGAGUACCAGUAAACCGGGUCUGUUUGGAUGA